CACAACCCGUAAGCCGAACUGGGCAGGCACUACGCUUUAGGGUUUGGCGAGACUUCGCCGAAUAUGAGAAGCGUAGACCAUUCGUUCGCGAACUGUUCCCUACGACAGAACCACGUCGUGCAGUCUAGUCAACCCUCAUCAAUCUCAUCGCACUGGAGCUCACCUUUGUACGGACGUCACCCAACUUGGAGGGCACGUCGGUGGUGUGUCCUGGCGCAAGCCGCCGAGCAUGGGUGAUGCUCCUCCAAUGUCCUAAACUCACGCCUCUGCAGUCGCGCUUCGUCGCCUCAUUCGGGACACUGUUACUACUGGGACUCGUAUACUGGUCGUUGUCGAACCCACACUUUGCGUAUGCGGCUGAGCUGGGGUUAGACGGCAGUGGGCGGCCAAGAGACAGCGAGGAUCACAUCCGGCACGGGACAGAGCAAAAUCGACUGGCAGAGGACGGUAUCGAGCCUCUUAGCGUAGACGAGGAUGAUAGGGUUGUUGAGAGAGCUGCAGUCGCAAGCGCGAUCAGUGCAAACAAUGCGCCGAAUCAGCUGAACAUCCAACCCAGCAACACUACGCUUUGGGUGUAUUCGCAAGACCUUCUGCAGCAAGCAGCGGCACCUGCCUUUUCUGGACUGCCAAGUGAUCCUAGCGUCAAGCGAGAUCUGUUAGAGCAACAUUCCGACCUGCGCAGGCGGCAAGAUGGCAAGACCAUCUACAUUUCUAUCAACACGUGCUUACAACCCAAUUGGAACGCAUCGUCUGUCCAGACAGGGGAGCCUCCCCAGUUGACACUUUACGUAGGCGCCGCAUCCGACAAUAGUGACCUUGGGCCAAAUGGUCAGAACCAAAUAGUGCAGCCGCUGAUGGAAGGCUUCGCCAACGUCUCCGUGAAUGCUAACAGCGGCACGUGGUACAUUGCUGUUUCUGCUCCGGCUUUGACCGAAAAUUACGUUGGCGUGUGGAACUAUGAGCUCGCGGUAUCUACUGAUGAUUAUUACCAUUCGGCCGACCUUGGCGACCCGUUCCUGUACCUAGUAGACACCGACAUGACCGCGGCGUUGUUGGUCACCAACAAUUUGACGCAGCAGAAUGCAUCGACAGAUGUGUUCCAGGAGUGGAUGCAUCUAAGUCCGCCUCCGUUCAUUAUGUUCGCUACUGAUGCAGACAACAUGGGUAUGGCGGGCUUGCGGAACUCGUACUGCGGGUGGUCAAGCCACCAACCUAUUGCAGGUAGUCAGCAGGAUACGGCUGGCCGUGAUACUAAUGUUCAGAUGGGCAUGAUUACACGUGGACUCGGGAACAAGCCGAAGGAACAGUUCUACAUUACCGAUCUGAACCCUUCAAGCGGCUAUGUCGGUGUGCUUGCGCAGCCCGGCAACUCGACCAAGUCCGGCAGCGGCGUUGUAGGAGGUGGCGGCAAGAUAUGGAAGCCUGUCGCAUGGCAAACAAAGGCCGACGGUAACUGCGCUAUGAUGUUCAACCUCUCAUUCUGUGACGAGGUAGCAUACGCGGUGCCCAGCAACACCGAAAAGUACAACAUCACCCAACUAAGAGAUUUAUACGAUAGCAACACUCAGGCGUCCUACCAAAACUUCAGCUACAGCUUGCAGCAGAUACCGUGUGAAACCAGCGCCGACUCCCAAUACUCCACGGUCAAGACCUGCGACGAUUGUGCCGCUGCCUACAAAGAGUGGCUUUGUGCGGUGUCGAUCCCACGUUGUGAAGACUUCACGAACCCUGCGCCAUGGCUGCAGAUGCGCAACGUGGCCCAGCCAUACUACAACAACAACACACUACUCCCGCCUGACUUCCUGAACGCCUCAUAUACACCUAUGCCCCGUGCACCGACGCUUGAGGGCAGUCCUGCAUAUAAUCAAACAUACUGGACCGCUCUUGCAACACGCAGUUCACGCAAUCCCGGCCUCAUUGUGGACCUGAUUCAGCCGGGGCCUUAUAAAGAGGUGCUACCUUGCGAAGAUCUUUGUUAUGGUCUGGUGCAGUCUUGUCCCGCUAGUCUAGGCUUUGGCUGCCCCUACAAGGGUCGUGGUUUAGAGGCUGGUUACGGUCAGCGUAGCCCAAACGGCACGAUCACUUGCAGCUACCUGGGCGCGGUGUACGAUGUCAAUUCUGCGCCUGACGUGCUGGCGCCGGCAUUCAAGGCUAUUGCGAUUGCGGCACUUGUGGCACUUGUGGUAGGAGUUGCGUAGUACGCGACCCGACAUUGGCGCAGACAAGGGUUCAGGCGGUCGUUGAGUUUGCAGGUCAGCAUGGCCGACAUAAAGAAACAGGCGCUACAGGAUAAGGGCAAGGCGUCUGGCUGGAAGAAACCGAGGCUUGGCGCUGCGCUGAAGGUGUGAAGUGAGAUCCACGGAAGGUGCGGCUGCCGCAUUCACGUUUCCGGCUCCCAGCCUUG